AUGGAGCCUCUUAUGGCUCGGGAUGGCUCUCGGCGGGCGGGCAGCUGCGGCAGCUGCUGCUGUGGCUCGGGCGGCGGCGGCGCGGCGGCGGCAGAGGGGGCUCCGGGGUCGGACCAUCGGCUCUCCCUGCGCUCUCCGCACCGCGGCUUAAAUGAUGUAUUUUGUGAUCGCAGCGAUGAAAGCUCAAAUUGAAAUUAUUCCUUGCAAGAUCUGUGGAGACAAAUCAUCAGGAAUCCAUUAUGGUGUCAUUACAUGUGAAGGCUGCAAGGGCUUUUUCAGGAGAAGUCAGCAGAGCAAUGCCACCUACUCCUGUCCGCGUCAGAAGAACUGUUUGAUUGAUCGAACCAGUAGAAACCGUUGCCAGCACUGUCGGUUACAGAAAUGCCUGGCCGUAGGCAUGUCUCGAGAUGCUGUAAAAUUUGGCCGGAUGUCAAAAAAGCAAAGAGACAGCUUGUACGCAGAAGUACAAAAACACCGGAUGCAGCAGCAGCAGCGAGACCACCAACAGCAGCCUGGAGAGGCCGAGCCGCUGACUCCCACCUACAACAUCUCGGCCAACGGGCUCACCGAGCUUCACGAGGACCUCAGCAACUACAUCGACGGGCACACCCCAGAGGGAAGCAAGGCAGACUCUGCUGUCAGCAGCUUCUACCUGGACAUACAGCCUUCCCCAGACCAGUCAGGUCUUGAUAUCAAUGGAAUCAAACCAGAACCAAUAUGUGACUACACACCAGCAUCAGGCUUCUUUCCCUACUGUUCUUUCACCAACGGAGAGACGUCCCCAACUGUGUCCAUGGCAGAAUUAGAACACCUUGCACAGAAUAUAUCUAAAUCACAUCUGGAAACUUGCCAAUACUUGAGAGAAGAGCUCCAGCAGAUAACGUGGCAGACCUUUCUGCAGGAGGAGAUCGAGAGCUACCAAAACAAGCAGCGAGAGGUGAUGUGGCAGUUGUGUGCCAUCAAAAUCACGGAAGCUAUACAGUAUGUGGUCGAGUUUGCCAAACGCAUUGACGGAUUUAUGGAACUGUGUCAAAAUGAUCAAAUUGUGCUUCUCAAAGCAGGUUCUCUAGAGGUGGUAUUUAUCAGAAUGUGCCGUGCCUUCGACUCUCAGAACAACACCGUGUACUUUGAUGGGAAAUAUGCUAGCCCCGAUGUCUUCAAAUCCUUGGGUUGUGAAGACUUUAUUAGCUUUGUAUUUGAAUUUGGAAAGAGUUUAUGUUCUAUGCACCUGACUGAAGAUGAAAUUGCGUUAUUUUCUGCAUUUGUACUAAUGUCAGCAGAUCGCUCGUGGCUGCAGGAAAAGGUAAAAAUUGAAAAACUGCAACAGAAAAUUCAGCUAGCUCUUCAACACGUCCUGCAGAAGAAUCACCGAGAAGAUGGAAUACUAACAAAGUUAAUAUGCAAGGUGUCUACAUUAAGAGCCUUAUGUGGACGACAUACAGAAAAGCUAAUGGCAUUUAAAGCAAUAUACCCAGACAUUGUACGACUUCAUUUUCCUCCAUUAUACAAGGAGUUGUUCACUUCAGAAUUUGAGCCAGCAAUGCAAAUUGAUGGGUAAAUGUAUCACCUAAGCACUUCUAGAAUGUCUGAAGUAUAAACCAUGAAAAACAACAACAAAAAAAUUAACCGAGACACUUUAUAUGGCCCUGCACAGACCUGGAGCGCCAACACACUGCACAUCUUUUGGUGAUCGGGGUCAGGCAAAGGAGGGGAAACAAUGAAAACAAAUAAAAGUUGAACUUGUUUUUCUCAUGCAUAUGAUUUCCAUUAUGCCUACAGAUAUGGACCCUUUUUCUGUCUCAACUUCUUGAUCAUUGACCUCUGUUUACAACUGAAGGAGGGUACUAAAGUCGGAGGAUUUCCUUUUCUUGUAGCUCACUGCCCACAGACUUUCUGCAGAGUCACCAAUCUGUCGGUAACAACAGAGAGUCCGGCAAUAAUCGGUGCCCGGUGUGCAUAGCGGAGGUGGCGGCAUGACUUUGCACAACCUGCUCUUUGUUUCAUGAAGGAAGUUUUUAUUUUUUUCACCGAUUAUUGCCAGUCAGCAGGAUGGCAUGAAAAGGGUCCAUAGCACUAGCAACGAUAGCAUUAUAAUAUAUUACAGGGUAAAUGGGCAUGAAGACUAUAUAUAGCUAAAAGAGAUAUUGUUUAUAUAUUGUUUUAAUUAAUAUAAAAUGUAGUUACUGGUGUAGCUUUUCCUGUUGAAUUGAUAAGGCACUUUCAUUUUGCACCUUUUUCUUUAAAUGAAAUGCUAGCGUGUUCACUGUCGUGUCGCAUGUGCACCAGAAACACAAGUUUAACUGAGAAGGCUUGGAAGGUACGUCAGGAGGUAUUUAUGCUGCUGUUUACAAAUUACUUUGAAAAGACUGGCUGGUCAUAUCUAGAAAUCAUGAUGCGGAUUAUUGGUUUGUUUUUGUUUUGUUUUGUUUUGUUUUUUUACACUUCAUUUGGUAUUAGAAACGGAACUCUCCCUAAAUUAUACUUUGCUUUUUGGUAAGCUCAAGGAUAGAUGUGUUUAUGCUUCAUACAAAGUUGAAUGGUCGAUUGGUGCUAUGGACUUAUACCAUCAUGCACGUUAAGUGCCACCUCAUGGAGGCAGGGGAGGGAGGGGAGGCUCAUUUCAUACAAUUCAGUAGUUAUACGGACUCAGUCUCAACUUGGAAUUCUUAUGCUUUGAGGAUAAAUCAGUAACCCAAAUAUUUAUUGGAAUUCAGCUUUUAUUAUAAGAAGGACCCAAAGAUUAUAUCUGGAGCAAACACACACUCCCCAUGUGAGGACAUGAAACAUUUACUUUGUGAAUGCCUAUGUUCUUGGUCUAAUCUAGGAACCCUAAGAGUGUAUCUCAGAGUGACCUAGCUCUAGACUAGCUGCCUCUAGAUGCUAUAAUUCUAGAAUAUAGCUCUCCAUAUUUCACAGACAAUGGACAGAAGGGCGAGGGAGUUAUGCAACACUGAACCGGUUUCUCUUAUUUAAAUAUUAAAUAUUUUAAGCAUUCAAAGUGAAGUUGAUGCUAGCCGCAAACAUUUACUCUUAUAUUUAUCUUCACUAGAAAACUGUGGACUGUAAUUUAUUUUAUUAAAUAUUUAGAAGAAUGUUUGGCUUUUGUGUUCAGAUGAGAAAUAUUGAAUGUUUUUGUUUAAUUUCGUUUUUUUUUAAAUUUUAAUAAUUCCCAGUGGGGGAAGGGAAAAUGAACAGUCUGAUAUACAAGUGUGCAUAUUUUUAAAAUAAGUGCCCUUUGGAAAUGUCAGCAUUUAGAAGAUGAUUUUAGUCAGUCGGGUGGGAUUCAAACUUCUGGUCUGACACGAAGGACCAUGGUUAUACAGAAAAGGGAAUAUCCCAUAGCAUAAUGGUGGGAGUUUCCAGACAGCCCUUUAUAGCCAAAAAAAUGUCUCUACCCCCAGGCUCUUCCUGAAUCUUCCCUAGGAACUGUGGCUCCUAAUGUCACGUGGAUCACCUCAGGGGCGUCCCAGAGCCAUUUACUCUGGGUUUAACCCCAACUGAUUUUCUGACUUGUUUCUGGAGGGAUUUGGAAAAGAGGAAGGAAUUAUUCACAGAGAAGUGUGUAUGAAGCCUAAAUAACAUCUUAAUUUUUUUUUUCAAAAGUAUAGUAAGGGUUUAACCAUAAAUAGAAGACGAGAGUAAUAUCUACUUAAAUUUCUUACAAGUAUAUUAAACUUUAUGUGAGUGUUUAUAUAGAGAGGUAAACUAAACAUAUAGUAUUUAUAUUUGGGCAAGAAGGGUGAAAUCAAAAUUUUAAUUUAAAUAAGCAUAGUUCCUUUAAAGAUCAAUAGUAUUUAUACUCUGAAAAGAGUACCAAGCUUAGUUAUUUAUUUGUCCAUUUAUUUUUCCUGUUGUUUCUCCUGGGCCGGGGGGUGGGUAAUGUGUUGGUUUUUUUUGGGGGGGGGGGGUUGUUUUUUGUUUUUUGUCAUUCUGAGUCACUAAAUUUGGGGAUGGUUUUAUUAAAGUGUAUUAACUUCUUUUUAACCAAAGCUUUCUGAAUAUGACCAGCCUCAGGUGCUAGCGCAUUAAAGAGCAACUAAACCUAAUUCCAGUGUCCGUUUGUGAAGUGAUAAGAGCUAACUGUAAUUCUCUAAGGGUGAGAGAGAGCAUAAUGUUGAGCUUAAAAGAAAUUCCUUUUCCCAGAAAGGACUUUGCAUGUACCAAAUGCAAAAAAAGAUGCUUAAUCUCAGUAGUCGUCACACCGUGGUGACAUUGCUUUUAGAAUAAACCAACAUACAUUGACAUGAUGCUGCUACCAGGUCUUUCUGAAAGAAAAGCAAGGUGAGGAAGAGCAAAAUACAUUGGCAGUGUAGGGACAGAGCAGGAGAGGCGUGCUCGGUGAACAGAGGGAACAACUAGGAUUUGGAUCAAAGUUGGGAUCAGAAGUUAAACAAUAAAUUCAGUUUAAAAAAAUGAAGUAUAGAAAAGGAUGUGAAAAACUCUGCAUCUUUAUUUUAUUCUUAUAGAAACACCUGUGUGAGGACACAACUACUUGGUGAUACAGAACAGUGAUUGUUAAGAGUUCUAAUAAUUAAAGUUUCCUAAACUUAAAUAUCCAGUAGUCUUUUAAAGAUUGGAAUCACAUCAUUGUUAUCCCAGCUCCUAUGAUGCCUUUAAUACAGUUUUUUCAUAGAGGGUACAUAAGGCUUUUUGUACAAAGCCUGAAUACCUUUGGUUACAAUGGUGUCAGAUGGUUGCAUUAUAUUCUGAAGAACCUGGCCUUGGUCACAAUGAAAACAAAAGUGCAGAUGAAAGUGCUUUUUUGGACAGUUUGCAAAUUGUGUUAAAGCUAUGGAUUUUUUUAAAGUGUUCAGCAUCCUAAUUUGCGUUAAAGCUAUGGAUUUUUUAAAAAGUCUUCAGCAUCCUAAUUCACCCUUCCUAACUUAAGGAAAAUAUAACUUAAGACACUGCUUCUAAGUUUGGUUGUUCUUUAUAGUGUGGAUACCCAGAUCUCUGUGAGCAUAGGGGGGUGGGCUGAGGGCCAGGUGAGAAGGGAGAGAGAGAGAGAGAGAGAGAGAGAGAGAGUGUGUGUGUGUGUGUGUGUGUGGUUUUCGUGUGUAUGAUGUGUGUGUGUCGGACCGCUUCUAGGCUACUAAGUGUCAAUGGAAAAGAAAUGUAUUCAAAAUACUUAAAUCAAAACUAGAAGAUGGGGAAAAAAAAAAGAUUUAUUCUAUACAAAGCCUUGUCUGGACCACUUUAGAGAGACUUCUAUUUUUUUAACCCUUCUAUAAAUAUUUGAUGGCACUUGAAAUAUUCCUGCAAUAAAAUGUGAUUUGUGUAAAGAAAAAAAAAAGAUUUUGUAAUGUGAAACAAAGAAAGAAAGUAAUGUAAUUUUCUAAAAAAAAAAAUACAAACAAACAAACUUUGUAUUAUUUUCUUGAUGGAAUUUGUCUAUCUGUCUUUGGAAAACUUUUUAUUUCAUUGAAUGUGCCAUAGUAGAAAUAUGUGUUUUUAGUUUUAGACUAAGGAAUAGCUGUUUGUGUUCCGACAUUCCAAAAUGCAAAACAACCUAGUAGAAUCUUUAUUGAAAAGGUUUAAGUAGGAUGUAAGCUUCUCUCAUUGUUGCUUUUUUGCACAUGUUCUUCAUUCCUCUCUAGUGCAAUAUGUACAUAGAGCACUUGCGGGUGUACCUUGAUCCCUCAGGGAAAAAAUACAUAUUUGUACAGUUUUGGUUUUUUGGUUUUUGUUUUUGGUUUUUUGGGGGGGUUUUUUGUUUUUGUUUUUGUUUUGCCUUUUGUUUUUGGCUAAGGAAUGUCGAUUGAAUCACUUGUUAUUGUUGAGGGGCAGCCAGAUAAUAAUCCUAAAGCCACUGUUUUCAAACAUUGAUUGUUUAAAUCAUGUGUCCUUCCAGUGCUAUUAUUUUAAGAUAAUAAUAAUAAAAAGUUAUUUUCUGACAGUUCUUUGUGCUGAUUGGUGAAAAAAAAAAGGGUAAAUAAGCACCUUAUGAUUGACUUACUGUGAAUGACAAUCCAUCUUGAUAUCAACAAUAGAAGCCCUAUCACUUUGGAGUUGGGGUUAAGAGUCAGAAACAAUGUGCUCAGGGAUCUUCUAAAACUCUUCAAACAGGGUGGCCAGUACUACUGGGACAAAUUGUGUUUUUUAUUAUUAAUAAUAGUGAUAAUAAUACUAUCCCUCAAGGCACAAGUGAACUGUGUAGAACUGCAUGUGUGUGUGUAUGUAAACUCUUCACUCUCGUCUCAUUUUGUUGAGUUCAAAACGUAUGUGUUCUUCAGUCUUGUGUGGUUUAAAACGUUGAAUAACUUCCAAAGCAGUAUAAAGUUAUGCCAGUAUCUUCACAAGAUAAAUUAAUAGGCAGUAUACCAACAGAGAACAUCACUUCAAGUGCAGUCCUACAUACUCCAUUUACCUUCCUCAAAAUUCAUAGCAUUACAUAUUAGAAACUUCCCAAUUGUACAUGGUAUGUAAAAAAUUGUUUAAACCAGUUAUGAGAGAUCUGCCUAUCAUUGCAGUAAAAGAGGUAAAACUUUGAACACAUUUUUUCAAAUGCCAGCAAAUAACUUAUUUUCAUUGCACUCUCCUCUAGAAGCAAACCAAAACAUCCCUUUAUGUAACAUAGUUCUUUUACUUCUACACUUAGAGUUUUCAUCUCUUGAAUCAAUACAAGAGCUAACGUUUAAAGACAAAAAAAAACCCCACCUAUGUAACAGUGCCAUGAGCCAGCUUUUAGGGUUACUUUGGACAUUUUUGCAAUAUAGCUUCGUUCUCAUGUUUCCAUGUAUUUUCAUGAGGUCAGUGAACCUCAGUAUAACUGUUGGCUUUGAUUCUUCCAUACCUGGAACACACAUUGAGAAGAAGCUUUUACUAUUUUCUUAGUACCAUAGCAGAAUAUAAUUUGAGAAAACUUUCCAUGUCAUUUAGAUGAAAAAGAAACUUUGACCUUGUUUUUGAUAAUAAAGACCAUGGAAAAUGGCAGAAAUUUCUCUUUCUCUCUCCACUUCUAUACAUGUAUACAUAUAUAUACAUACAUACGCAUAUAUAUACAUACACACACACACAGGUUAUUGACACUUUCACAUAUUGUAACAUGUGAUUGCCAUGUCUUAUUUAUAUAAAGAUUGCUACAACAGAACCCUAUUAACAGAAAUAUAAUUGCAACAGAAAAAUCUUGAUCUAUUGCUAAUAAUCUAUGAUGUAAAUCUUCAUUCUACCCCUAAACACUAAUAUUACUAAAGAGGUUCCACCAGAUUUGAUUAAAGAGGCCUUCCUCCUAUUUAUUCUUAAGAUAUGAGAAGGCUGAUGACAAUGUCUUUACAAAGCGAAUGGUUUCACUUCUGGGUCAGUUGCUUAUUUGUUGUUAAGUAAGAUCAGUUUUGUCAGGCUCUCAAGAAUAAUUUUUUUAAAGUAAUCCAAAAGCCUGGCUUUAUAUCAAGGAAAUAUCAUAGAUGGAUCUCCAUGUUUAACCAGACCCUCAGAUCUUAGAGCAAUAAAUACAUUCAUUCAGUCACUUACUUAUUUAUAAAUGAAUGACAGGAUAUUCCAUCCAAAUAAACACGAUGUUUUUUCAGCAAUGCAAUAUAACAUGGGGUCUUGUGUUAAGAAAAUGCAUAUGACUAUUUUAAACAGAUGCCUACAGAAUCCUUGUUUGCUGUUUACAUUUAGUGUGUCUGCCACAUUUUCUUUUACUUUUUUCCUUCUAAGAACUGAAGACAGCUUGCUAUUAGCUUUGACACACUGCACACACCAUUAUGUUGUUCUCUAAGAGCAACUAAACUCUCUCCAGUGUCCCGUGUGUUUCCUUUCUCACUCAUUAUUACGUUAAUGUGGAUGAAAACUAUUUCUGGGAACUUGGUUAUUAUUGAAGAGAUUGCAUAUGUAAAUGCAGAUAAUUCUUGAGCAAUAUAGUGAAUAUGAUUUCACACACAAAAAAAUCUGUAUGUACUGUACACAUCUUCCUGAAUCCAAAAUUCUCUUAUCCACAGUGGUUUGAAAUCUCAAAUAAAACAGUGGUAAAUUUUUAAACAUUAGGACAUUAGCUGGCUGCUUCUUUAAAUGUACCUGUAUUGUCUGCCUGCUCCUUUUGUGGAGAUGUGUUUUUGUAUUGGAUGUUUGGGCCAAUGGGAGGCUUCAAGCUACAACAUAUUUUCCCAGUUUAAAUAUAUUUAACAUAUGACAAACCCCAGACAAGGCUUUUAAUAUGUAUAAAGAACUGCAGUGUUAGGUGGUUUAUUUGCAAACCGUUUUCAAUGUUGUCCAUUUUUAUGGCACCUUUAACAAUAUUCUUGUUUCCAAAGUACAAAAAAAAAAAAUAGGUUAAAUAAUCUAGCCAUAACUGAAUGUCAAGCAAUAAAACAAAUGACUUUUGUGCAUAGACUUAAAAAAAUACAAAUUUUAGACAUCUGCAUGUAAAUGCAAUCUCUUGUUUACUGCUUUCUUCAACUUGAGCAAUUGAUUCCUUAUUUACUAUUAACUUAAGAACUUGUAAUGGCCUGUAAACAUUUUCUCUCUUACUCUUCUUUCAAAUUUACCUUUGUCCCUGCUUUUAAGUCAUAAUAUUUAAUGUUGUUCUGCACAUCUCUAUACAGUUAACCUUUUGGCUUUCAUUCUGUAUAGAUAAGAAAAUGUUAUAUUAUAAACAGCCUACUCAGUGCAAAUAUUUAUCUGUUUAUCAACUCCACAAUAUGCUGUAUAAUACUGGUUUUACUAUAUAAUCUAUUUUAGACAUAGCUGUUUAGAACUAGAGUGUGCUAUUUUUGUGUUUUUCUGAUGUGUGGUGCUAGAUAAGUUACUUUUGUGAACAAAAAAAUCCCUUUUAUUCCUAGACAAUACCACCUUUGGGUCUUGUUAAUUUCACUGAGUAUAACUAUAUAUUUGUAUAUAUAUACAUAUAUAUAUAUAUAUAUCUACCUGUUCCCAACUGGCAGCUGUAUCAGAGUGCUGGAUUUGGGACAUGCUUUUCUCUUUAAAUACAUAAUAUCAUUAUAUAAAUUAUUCUAGAGUGUAUUUAAUUAGGAUAAAAUUACUUCCUUAGUAUGGAUAUUUGACAUCUAUAGGGUGAAUUUGCUUUUAAAUAUGGAUAUAUGAAAACUUCUUAGCAUUUACUUUAUGUUUGCUACUUGGGUUUAUACCAUAUCUUCUGAGCUGAAAACUAAUUUGCCAGGCCUUCAAGAUCCUAAGGAAACACUCUAGUUUAAUGGAGUAAUAUUUUUUUUUCUUACUAAGGAAUUAUAUUAUUGGCACCUGACAGAGUUGUGUACUUAUCUCCUAUUAUAGAUAAUAGGCAUUUAUAUAAAAUAUCCUUGGUGGCUUGAUGGCAGAAUAAACCUUUAACCUUUCCCCUCCUACUUGAGCCAUGAGAAGCAUGGAGACACCCGCUAUCAUGGCAGAACAUGGGCCAUAAAGCAAAUUUAACAAGGGACAUUCUGUUUCAGUAUGACCUCAACCAGUUCCAUGAACUGAGCGAAAGACCUUCAUUUUAAAAGUCAUUUAAUAAUGAGCUUAGUUAAACUACUUCACCUCUUCUCCCAAGACCUAUUGGCAUUGUUAAAAAUCAAAGUAUAUCAAAUAUCUAACUAAGGAUGUAGUUAACCUUAUUAAAUAUUGAUUAGAAUUGUUCUGUAAUAUUACUGAAUUUGUAAGAUCUUUAGCAAAGAUUUUUGAGCAAUUUAUAAAUAUAGAGCAAAUGUUUCUGUUUACUGCACUUUUUGUAAUUGAAGGUGAUAAAUUCUCAAGCCAUGGUUAUUGGCUUCCGUGCACUGCAUAUUAACCCACAAUUCUAGACAUUUUCCAUUUUUAUGGAAGAGUUGCUGUUACCUUAAUUAUAAAUGCAAUCAUGUGGUUAAUGAGAGCGAAUGCUAAUAGUUAACCUUUUAAAGUGAAUUGGCUACAGUUUAGGGAGAAAUCUCUUUUACUACAAAUCACAUCAUUCCUUAUUGCUUCACUUAGAGAUUGAAACCUGUUUUUCUGCUUGUUUUUUAAGCACCAUUUAGUAUCCUAAACUUCCUGAGAGUAGAGAUUGUAUCUCUUUGUGUCUACACAAUGGCCAGCACAUGUCAGCAUUUGAUAAUUGUUAAAUGACAACUGUGCCCCAAUUAAAAUUUUUUCCUGGGAUUUUUUUUUCUUUUUUUUUUUUUUUUUUUUUUUUUGGUGAAUUUAUAAAGUAUGUCAAGCCUUAUGGUUAACACUUUCUUCUACAACCAAGUAUUAAAGCCACGUUUAAAAAGACCACAUGAAAUGCUGAUUCUAAUUGUGUGUAGGUCUUGAAGAUUAAGCACACAAAUUUCACAAAACUCUGUGAGUAACAAACUCAGCCUUCUGUAAAUAUACAUGCAAGUUUGGAAACAGUAAUACUGUACCUAUAAAUAUAUGCUGUCUGUUUUGUGUACAGUAUGUAAAAACUCCUUUUCUGCCACACUAAAAAUGCAAGCCAUUUACGGGAAUCCUAAAAAUAGUAUUGUACUAAAACUUUGCUAAUGAUCUUUAUUGGAGGAUCAUCCAACGUUUCACUUACAAUGGGUUUUCUUUUCAAUUCACUCUUACAGUAGUCUGCUUCUUUCCAGCUGUUUGUUAUUUUAUUGAGUCCUCAAUUAAAAAAAAAUAUUUUGAUUCAUUUUGUAAAUACAAGCUGUAAAAAAAAGAGAGAUUUAAUGUUGUCUUUUAAAUACUCCGAUUUUCAUUCUAAUAUGAAUGUUGUUAUAUUGUACUUAGAAACUGUACCUUUAAUAUUACAUUACCUUUAUUAAAAGUGCAUUGAACACAUCAAUUUUAGAUGUGCUUUAUGUACUGUUAUCCUAUAAUAAAACUUCAGCUUCUAAUGGAA